UUCCCAGCAGGAAGAUCAGGAUAGGAGGCUCCCGCCUGCUCCAGAUUAAAGGAACCCGCAGUUUCCAGGUGAAGAAGGGGGGUUCCUUGUCCAGCAUUCGCCGGGUCGGCAGCUUAAAGAGCAGCAAGUUAUCACGGCAGGACUCAGAGUCUGAGGCUGAGGAGCUGCAGCUGUCCCAGAGCAGGGACACUGUCACUGACCUAGAUCAAGAGAAGGAGAGCAGAGCCAGAGAAGGGAGUCCUUGGAGUACCAGCGAGCCCAGCAUUGAGCCAGAGGGAAUGAGUACUGCCGGCACAGAGGAGAAUUACCACAGGAACAUGUCGUGGCUUCAUGUCAUGAUCUUGCUGUGCAAUCAGCAGAGCUUCAUCUGCACCCACGUUGACUACUGCCACCCGCACUGCUACCUACACCACAGCCGUUCCUGUGCUCGGCUCGUCAGGGCCAUCAAGCUGCUCUAUGGAGAUAACGUGGACUCCCUCCGGGAGGGCAGCAACGUGAGCAACGUGGUUCUCCGGGGCAAGAAACAGAAGGAG